CGCAUUUCUGAUCAGCUCAGUACUGAGGUGAAGAGACUGGGAAAUUUGGGGUUGUAGGAAGAAGAAUCCAAGCAACAUUUGUCAGAGUAGCAAAAGACUAUGUUAACAUCACUACUGCAAUAGCAUUACAAGUGUUCUCUCCCUUCUCUUCCACCGCUACUCACUUCUCUUUGCAGAGAUUGAGAGAAGAGAGAGAUAGAGAGGAGAGAGAUAGAGAUAGAGAGAGAGAAUGGGAGGUGUUUCAGUUUCCAAACUCCCAUUCUUCUUCUUCUUCUUGGUCAGCAUUUUCUUGGCAAUGGGAGCACAGUUGAUCUGCUGCAGUGUCACCUAUGACAAGAGGGCCAUUAUCAUCAAUGGGCAAAGGAGAAUACUCCUCUCUGGCUCUAUACAUUACCCCAGAAGUACCCCUGAGAUGUGGGAAGAUCUUAUAAGGAAGGCUAAAAAUGCAAACUUGGAUGUUAUUGACACCUAUGUGUUCUGGAAUGGCCAUGAGCCUUCCCCUGGCAAUUAUAAUUUUGAAGGAAGAUAUGAUCUUGUGAGGUUUAUAAAGACAGUGCAAAAAGUUGGCCUUUAUGUGCAUUUGCGCAUUGGACCUUACAUUUGUGGAGAGUGGAACUUUGGAGGAUUUCCUGUCUGGUUGAGAUUUGUUCCUGGCAUCAGCUUCAGAACAAACAAUGGACCAUUCAAGGCAGAAAUGCACAGGUUCACCAAGAAAAUCGUUGAAAUGUUGAAGAGUGAAAGAUUGUUUCAAUCUCAAGGAGGUCCUAUAAUAAUGUCCCAGAUUGAAAAUGAGUAUGGUUCAGAAAGGAUGGCAUUAGGAGAAGCUGGUGAGGCAUAUAUUAAGUGGGCUGCAAAAUUGGCAGUUGGGUUGAAAACGGGAGUGCCGUGGAUCAUGUGCAAAGAAGAUGAUGCUCCCGAUCCUAUUAUAAACGCGUGCAAUGGCUUCUAUUGCGAUGCGUUUUCUCCCAACAAACCUUACAAGCCCAAAAUGUGGACUGAAGCGUGGAGUGCCUGGUUCACGGAAUUUGGGGGCACAAUCCGUCAACGUCCUGUUCAAGAUCUAGCUUUUGCAGUUGCCCGUUUCAUACAAAAGGGUGGCUCGUAUAUUAACUAUUAUAUGUUCCAUGGCGGAACCAACUUUGGUCGCACUGCUGGGGGCCCUUUUGUCACAACCAGUUAUGAUUAUGAUGCUCCAAUCGAUGAAUAUGGUCUGAUCAGGCAACCUAAAUAUGGCCAUUUACGGGAGCUUCAUAGGGCAAUUAAACUGUGUCAGGAAGCUAUAGUAUCAUCGGAUCCUAGAGUUAUUUCACUGGGAAGCUCUCAAGAGGCGAGUAUUUUCUCAGAUGGGAAGGGAAAGUGUGCAGCUUUUCUGGCGAACUUAGAUACCAAAUCUGCUGCUAGAGUAGUUUUUAAUAACAGGCACCAUAAGCUGCCCCCGUGGUCUGUUAGCAUACUCCCCGACUGCAACAAUGUUGUCUUCAACACUGCAAAAGUAGGGACACAAACCUCGAAGGUAAAAAUGUCACAAAGUAACUCUCGAUUGCAUUCAUGGGAGACUUAUCAUGAAGAUUUAGCAGCUCUAAAGGACAGUUCAGCAUUCACGGCUGUUGGACUCUUGGACCAGAUUAAUGUGACCAAAGAUAACAGCGAUUACUUGUGGUAUAUAACAAGUGUUGAUAUUAGUUCCUCAGAGGCAUUUUUACGAGGAGGCAAAAAGCCCACACUAAUUAUCCACUCGAGAGGGCAUGCAGUGCACGUAUUCAUAAAUCGAAAGUUUUCAGGAUCCGCUUAUGGUAGCCGGGAGGGUAUGAGAUUCACAUUUAACGGACCAGUUGAACUACAUGCUGGGAAAAACGAGAUUGCCUUACUCAGUUUAGCCAUGGGACUUCCAAACGUAGGGCUUCACUUUGAGACAUGGAAUACUGGAAUCCUCGGGCCAGUUUUGCUCCGAGGUCUAAAUCAGGGACAUAAGGAUUUAUCAUGGCAAACAUGGAAAUACAGGGUUGGACUAAAAGGGGAAUCGAUGAACGUGGUCUCUCCAAAUGGAGUCUCGUCUGUUAACUGGAUUGGAGGGUCAUUAGUGACCCAAGGCCAGCAACCUUUGAAAUGGUACAAGGCUUAUUUUGAUGAACCAAAUGGAAAUGAGCCUUUGGCACUGGACAUGAGAAGCAUGGGCAAGGGACAAGUAUGGAUCAAUGGCCAAAACAUCGGAAGAUAUUGGAUGAUUUAUGCAAAAGGUAACUGUGGUCGUUGUCACUAUAGUGGAACAUACCGAGCCCCAAAAUGCCAACAUGGUUGUGGUGAACCGACUCAAAGAUGGUAUCAUGUUCCGAGGUCUUGGUUGAAGCCAAGACAAAAUUUGCUGGUACUAUUCGAAGAGCUAGGCGGAGAUGUGUCGAAAAUUUCAUUAGUAAAGCGGUCUACAGCUAGCAUAUGUGCAGAUACACACGAGCACCACCCAUCUGUUGCAAAUUGGCGUGCAGAAAAUACGAGCGAACCAACAAUGCUUCACCAAGCAAAGGUUCAUCUGCAUUGCGCGCCUGGCCAGUCUAUAUCAGCAAUAACAUUCGCGAGUUAUGGAACUCCUCUUGGCACUUGUGGAAGCUUUAAGCGGGGAACAUGCCAUGCUGAAAACUCCCACAAAAUCCUAGAAAAGGAGUGCUUAGGGCGCAAGAGUUGUAAGGUCGCCAUAUCCAAUACAUUCUUCGGGAUUGACCCUUGCCCGAACGUUCUGAAGAAAUUGUCUGCUGAAGCCAUGUGUUCAACCACAGGCACCCAAACUUUUCAAAGCAACACAACAACAGAGUGGAUAUAUUGAUUCUUCUACCCGAUUAUCUACUGAAGACUUCGACUCCAUCCAAUAUACCUGAAGAAACGCGCUUUGCUAACCAAAUGCCCUGAUAUUGUUUCACUUUUUACUGCAGAAUAAUAGGAUGGGGGGAAAAGGCAGUGCCAAAUUCUUCUUUCACUAUAACACGAAGGUGCGAAUGUAUACAAGAUACAAGUGUUGUGCUGUUGUUGUAUGGAAAUUAGAUGUUAGGGCUGUUAUCUGUUGAACUAUCAGUAGCCAUUUUUGGCCAUAGUGUUGUUCUCAUCAUAUCAUUUUUUGUUGCUCUAAUUUUCCCCAGCCCUUUUGGUUUC